UUACUGUUUAUUUAUCACACGGAGUGUACUCCGUUCCGUAGGUUAUCAUUAUGCUUCCGAAGAAAUUUGUUGAAAUUUUUGAAUUUCGAUGAUACAUGAAAAUUUUAAAAUUAAGAUAUUUUAUAAGAAGGCUUUUACCGAAGGAUGCAUUAGUAACCAUAAAAUAUUUUGGAAACUUUAAUAAAAAUAAUCCUUUUACUGAAAAAUUUAUAUAUUUUUAAUUGACUCUGAUAUUUGUAAUGAAUUUUCUCAAUUUAUUUCUCUCAUAUCUGUUUUACUCUAAAAUUUGCUAAAAUGGAAGGCGUAAAAACCAUGCAGUUAAAUGAUCAAAAAGCUGGGAUGCAAGGUUUAAAUAAAGAAAUAAUAAAUAAAAUUAUUUUUGAGGCAUCUAAAGGUACCCCAUACUUUGCAUUUCAAGAAAAGAGACAAAAGUCUAUUGAUGCUAAAGUUAAAGAAUUGCAAUCUAAUAUUAAAAAGAUCACAGAAGUACAAAAAAAAGCAUCAUUAGAAAAGAUGACAGCUUUAGGAGUGGUCUUAGAAAGUGAAAGAAAUUUAAAUCAUUCAAUAGUGCAUAUUGAUAUGGAUGCGUUUUAUGCUGCCGUUGAGAUGCAAGAUGAUCCUAAUCUUGCUGAGAAACCUAUGGCUGUUGGUUCAUUAUCAAUGCUGUCCACAUCAAAUUACCAUGCUAGGAAGUAUGGUGUGCGUGCUGCAAUGCCUGGUUUCAUUGCAAAGAAGUUAUGUCCAGAGCUUGUUAUAGUACCUUGCAAUUUUACUAAAUAUAGGAAAGUAAGUGAUAAAAUUCGAAAUAUUGUGAAAGAUUAUGAUCCUGAUUACUGUGGUGCUAGUUUAGAUGAAGUAUAUUUAGAUUUAACAAACUAUAUUAAGAAGAAAUACAAGAUGAAACUUCAUAACGGAAACUGUCUGAGAAACUACCAUGAAAAUUCAGCUUCUGAAGGUGAAUUUGAUGCUGUAAUUCGCAUUGAAGAAAACUGUGAAAAAUGCUUGAGAUGUUGUCAAAUUAUUUCUGUUGAAGAGCGAGAUGCAAUGGCUUAUGAGAUUGUUAAAGAAAUUAGACAGAAAGUAUAUGACUCAACACAGUUAACUGCUAGUGCAGUCGGGGAGUUACCUAUUUGUCUUGACCUGAAGAAAUUUGUCUCAGAACUGUCCGAUCAGAAUGUCAGUGCUGUAAGGCGUAUCAAGAGAUGCAAAGCAAAGCUGGUCAAUACGAAACACACGAAAACUCUACUGAAACCAGGAAAGCAAACUAAACUUUCGAAGGUUCUAGCAAUUUUUAGGAAAGACAAUAUUGUAGGUGAACGUGCCAGUGGAGGUGUAAGUCUCCUUGCCUCACUAGACUACCCAAGCAAUUCACUUCCUUUAAUUACAAGCCUUCAAGUUGUUGCCAUCCAAAUAAAUUUAAGGACCCUGGUUUCAGUUUGUUCUGUUUAUUUGCCUCCAAAUGUCCACAUUGAUCAAAGGGAUUUGGAUAGUCUAAUAGAGCAACUGCCUGAACCUUUUGUCAUAAUAGGCGACUUUAACGGCCAUAGUUUGCUUUGGGGGAACAAGGAUACUAAUCCUCGAGGUAGACAAAUCGAGAUAAUGAUUGAAGAUCAUUCUCUUUGUCUCCUAAACAAUGGAAAAGUUACCUACUUCUAUGAGCCUACAAAGACUUUUCACGCUCUAGACCUUGCCAUCUGUUCACCAUCUCUUUUGCCCUUUUUCACUUUUGACGUUGGGAAUGAUCUCCAUAAUAGUGAUAAUUUUUCUCCUUUAGUUUCAAAUCCCAUAUCAAGAUCUCCUCGAUUUAUACUUGAGAAGGCAGACUGGCAGCUCUUCUCAUCUCUUGCAGAGCUCACAGAAGAGAUGGUGGAAGGUGUGGAAAUCGAUGAUGCAGUGAAAGCCGUUGCUGAUAAAAUAAUGUAG